AUGAGCAGAGAUUUAAAUAAAAUUAAAGAUGAGGAACGCGAAUCAAAUCUCGGAUCCGUUUAUGGCGUUUCUGGUCCCGUCGUCAUCGCACAAGGACUCGAUGGCGUGGCUAUGUACGAACUGAUUAGAGUCGGUCAUGACGAACUUAUUGGUGAAGUUAUUAGAAUUGAAGGCAGAUUGGCUAUUGCUCAGAUUUAUGAGGAGACUUCCGGUUUGACAGUUGGUGAUCCUGUCCUCCGCACUGGAAAGCCUUUAUCUGUAGAGCUUGGCCCUGGAUUAAUGUCCAACAUCUAUGACGGUAUUCAGAGACCUUUAAAGGGCAUUAGGGAGAAAUCUCAAUCCAUUUAUAUCCCACGUGGUAUAAACACCGAUGCUCUCGACCGCGGUGUUCAAUGGGACUUCAAUCCAUCUGUCUCUGUCGGUGAUCACUUGUCUGGCGGUGAUAUUUACGGCAGUGUUUACGAAAACUCUCUGCUCAACGACCACAAGAUGAUGCUUGGUCCACGUUCACUCGGUACUGUCACUCAUAUCGCUGAGAAGGGCGCAUAUAACGUCGACGACGUCGUCCUCGAAACUGAAUUCGAGGGCAAGAAAUCCAACCACACCAUGGCACAACUCUGGCCAGUCAGAGCUCCACGUCCAGUCACCGAGAAACUCACUGCGAACAACCCCCUUCUCACCGGUCAACGUAUUCUCGACUCUCUCUUCCCAUGUGUUCAAGGUGGUACAACUGCCAUUCCCGGUGCUUUUGGUUGUGGCAAGACUGUCAUUUCACAAGCUCUGUCCAAGUUCUCCAACUCAGACAUCAUCGUAUACGUCGGUUGUGGUGAGCGCGGUAACGAGAUGGCUGAAGUCCUGCUCGAAUUCCCUGAACUCACUAUCGAAGUCAACGGUCGUGAAGAGCCAAUCAUGAAACGUACUUCACUCGUCGCUAACACCUCCAACAUGCCCGUCGCAGCUCGUGAAGCUUCCAUUUACACGGGUAUCACCAUCUCUGAAUACUUUAGAGAUCAAGGUAAAAACGUUGCAAUGAUGGCUGACUCUACUUCUCGCUGGGCUGAAGCGUUGCGUGAAAUUUCAGGUAGAUUAGCUGAAAUGCCUGCUGACUCCGGUUACCCUGCUUACCUCGGUGGUAAAUUGGCUUCCUUCUAUGAGAGAGCUGGUCGUGUCAGUACUCUUGGAUCACCAAACAGAGAAGGGUCAGUUUCUAUCGUCGGUGCUGUCUCUCCGCCAGGUGGUGAUUUCUCUGAUCCUGUUACAUCAUCUACCCUUGGUAUCGUACAAGUGUUCUGGGGUUUGGACAAGAAGCUCGCACAGAGAAAACAUUUCCCCUCUGUUAACUGGAACGUAUCCUACUCAAAAUACACCAACGUUCUUGAACCAUACUACGAAGAUAAUGCACCUGGUUUCAUAGAUUUACGUUCAAAAGCUAAAUCUAUCUUACAAAAGGAGGAGGAUUUGGCAGAAAUCGUUCAGUUGGUCGGUAAGAGUGCCUUGGGUGAGAAUGACAAGGUUACACUUGAAUUGGCUAGAAUGUUGAAAGAUGACUUUUUACAACAAAACGGUAUGAGUGAAUACGAUCGCUUCUGUCCUUUCUACAAAACAGCUGGUAUGCUUGACAAUUUUAUUGCUUUCAAUGAAGCCGCACAAAAUGCAAUCGUCGAAGGUGAUCUUACUUAUAACAAUAUCAAAGACGGUGUCUCCGAUGUUAUGUUUAAACUCUCUCAAAUGAAAUUUGAGUCACCAUCUCAAGGUAAAGAGGAUAUUACCGGCAAGUUUGAUCAACUUAAUACCGAAAUUCAAGAGAGAUUUAGACAGUUGAUCGAGUAA